AUGGCACAAAUUAUUGAUUAUAAUAAAAUUAAAGAAGCAUCUGCAAAACAUCCAAAACUUAAAGAAAUCAAUUAUACUUAUGGAACUGCUGGAUUUCGAAUGAAAGCCGAAUACUUGGAAUCGGUGAUUUUUCGAGUAGGAAUUUUAGCAGGCUUGCGUUCCAAGAAAUUAAAUUCCAAAGUUAUAGGCAUAAUGGUCACAGCAUCUCAUAAUCCUGAAGCAGAUAAUGGAGUUAAACUUGUAGAUCCAAAUGGAGAAAUGUUGGAACAACGAUGGGAAGGUUAUGCUACUCAAUUAGCUAAUGCUCAAAGUGAAGAAGAUUUGAUCACUGUAAUUAAAUCUAUUGUUUCGCAAAACGAGAUCGACGAAUCAAAAAAUGCUAUCGUUGUUUAUGCAAGAGAUACUAGACCAAGUGGACCAAAGUUAAUAGCUGCACUUGAAGAUGGAAUUAAAGCAAUUAAUGCAGUGGGAGAGAAUUUAGGCAUUAAAACUACACCACAACUUCAUUACUUUACAAAUUAUUUAAAUUGUUGUGAAAAACCAGCAGAAGGUCGUUAUGAAGAACUCGCAGAUAAACUUUAUUACGAAAAAUUUGCAAAUGCUUUUUAUAAAGCUGUGGGAGACAAUCAACGUCUUUCCACCGUUUAUAUUGAUGCAGCGAAUGGGGUUGGUGCACCAAAACUUAGGGAACUCGCUGAAUGGAUUGAUAAGAUUAAUGAUAAUAUCUUUAAAGUUACAAUCAUUAAUGAUGAUAUCAAUGCUCGAGGAAAGUUAAACUUUCAAUGUGGUGCCGAUUAUGUAAAAACAGGGCAAAAUCCUCCACUUGGGUUAAAUCUUACCUGUGAACACCGUGCGGCUUCUUUAGAUGGAGAUGCAGACCGUAUCGUUUUCUAUUAUGUUGAAGGAGAUGGUACAUUUAGAUUAUUAGACGGAGACAAGAUUGCAGCAUUAUCUGCUGGGUUUAUUAUCGAACUUGUUAAAACUGCCGGUCUCGAUAUAAAUGUGGGAGUAGUUCAAACUGCCUAUGCAAAUGGAAGUUCUACAGCAUAUUUAGAGGAAGAAUUGAAAGUUCCAGUUUCUUGCGUGCCCACAGGUGUUAAACAUCUUCAUCAUAAAGCUCAAGAAUAUGAUGUUGGGGUUUAUUUUGAAGCAAAUGGACAUGGAACAAUUUUGUUUAGUUCUGAAGCGCGAACUGCUGAACAAGAAACAGCUGUUAAAAAGUUACAAGCAUUAUCUGAAUUAAUUAAUCAAACAGUUGGAGAUGCAUUAUCAGAUUUAUUAUUUGUUGAAUCAAUUCUAAUGAAUCGACAAUGGUCAUUUCAAAAGUGGAAUUCAAUUUAUACUGAUAUGCCCAAUCGUUUGGUAAAAGUUGUGGUUUCAAAUAGACAUAUCUUCAAAACCACUAAUGCCGAGAGAACACUUGUUGAACCUAAAGGGCUUCAAGAAAAGAUUGAUAAAUUGGUUGCACAAUAUAAGAAUGGACGAUCCUUUGUUAGACCGUCCGGAACUGAAGAUGUAGUACGUGUUUAUGCUGAAGCAUCUACGCGUGAAGAUUGUGAUGAGUUAGCAUUUAAAGUUGCAGGACUUGUUUAUGAUGAAGCUGGUGGUACUGGAGGACGACCUUCUGAAUUUUUUAAGAUUAAAUGUAUUGAACUUGUUCAACAAAUAGUGAUUAAAGUGAGUAGAAUCAUCUCAUCGAAACGUCAACAACUUAGUCGACUGGAACUUGCAUUUCUUAUUAUUGGUCAGAUCAAUAAUUUACCCAAACGUAAUCUUUUCGUGAACAAUUUUCAUUAA